AUGGCAUCGAACGCUCAAACGAGAGAAGCAUUGCAGCGAACACUGAUGGCAUCGAACGCUCAAACGAGAGAAGCAUUGCAGCGAACACUGAUGGCAUCGAACGCUCAAACGAGAGAAGCGAAUAAGGAUGGCAUCGAACGCUCAAACGAGAGAAGCAUUGCAGCGAAGCGAAUAAGGAUGGCAUCGAACGCUCAAACGAGAGAAGCAUUGCAGCGAACACUAAUGUCAUCGAACGUAACUCAAAGGAUGACAUCGAACGAAACUCAAAGUUGCUAUGUGAGCAAAGUGACAUACAAACUCAAAGAAAUACUCAAUGAAAAUAUAACCAUGUUAACGUUUCUCCAGCAAAUGACGAAAUCAGCUCUGUUUAGAAACCACGAAAUGCUUAAGAAUACCGAGGGAGAUCAGAAUCAAGAGGGUAUCACACGUAAAAUAGCAAUUGAUAAGGCGGUUGAGAGAUUCCAUUGGUAUCCUAUGAAACGAUUCAACAAUCAAAGCAUGAAUAAAGAGACUUGGUGCUUACAAAAAGUACAGAGAGCGUUCCAGGGAAGUACGCCAGAAGGUCUUCUUUCAUUAGUCAAGAGGAAUUAUUCUCGCUUAUUUGUACUAACAGGACAAGGAAAGCUUAGUAGUAGAGUUGAGGAUAGGGACUUCAGAGUCAAACCUGUGAAAAUCGUGCCAGUGUAUACUACUCAAAAGUGUAUACAUAAAUUCUUACAAAAGCGCAGGUCAGAUCUUGAUAAAACAAUAGAGCUACGAAAUCUAAAAGCUCACCAAAGCAUUAACCAGGGUUUCUCAAAUUUCAUAUGGAGGGGGUACGAAUACGAGGCGAUUAGGCACUACAUUGAUGUUCUCACAGCUAACACAGCUGCCAUGAAUCAAGCUAUCUGCUUGGGGUUUCAAAUUUGGUACUCUUUAAUGCCAAGCCUUAUGCUGACCAUUGGUAAUUAUGAUUUCCAUUUCAUCCUAAGCCCAGAUUUUUACAAAUCCUUCAAGGAUAGCACACGAGAAUGGUCCCCCCAGACGAUCAAGCUCGCCGAAGAACUGUGCGAGGAUCUAAGUCAUAGUCUCAUGCAUGCCGCCGGGAGCACACUCGAAACAGGUGGGGCCAGCACCUCGGGGUGUGGUACCAGCGCAGAGUCGAACGAGACGGGAACCUUCGACCCCUUGGGAAUAAGAGCAAGAGAGGAAACCCACAAAGUAGUACUACGGAAACUAGUGAUUUCCUGCCUCGCUGUUUGUCUAUUGAGCACUGUAUCCUAUAUAACCGUCGGCGGAACGGAACUAUGCCAACAAUUUAUGGAGGGAAGGUUUAAAGAAUAA